AUGAGAGACGAUCUUCUUAAAAAACGCAUUAUAUAUAGAUCAAAAGCCUUGAUAGGAAUAGGUUCAAUAGGAGAUGUUCCAAUUCUCCUGGCCAAACCUCAAGCAUAUAUGAAUUACAGUGGAGAAUCGGAUAUGACUCCACCACUUAUAAGAUGGUUUGGGCAAGUGCAACGACGGAGUAUUAGCGAACCGGUUGGACCUCUGGCUGCAUAUUACAAAGUACCUUUGCGCCACAUCUUAUUGGUCUAUGACGAGAUGUGCUUGCCUAAUGGUGUUUUAAGACUUCAGCCGAAAGGAGGACAUGGUCAUCACAAUGGAGUUAAGAGUAUCAUGGGACACUUAGACGGACGGAAGGAGUUCCCUCGGUUAUGCAUAGGUAUUGGGAAUCCACCGGGAAAUAUGGAUAUGAAAGCUUUUCUUUUACAAAAGUUCAGUUCUACUGAACGAAAACAGAUCGAUGCUGCUUUGGAACAAGGUGUCGAGGCUGUGAGGACCCUCGUGCUUAGCGGAUUCAGUGACAGUGUUACGAGAUUUAAUCUUGGCCAGAAAUACAAGUAUCACAAAGUCUAAUUAAAGAAGAUGGUCAAUAUCUCCGAAUUAUUUGCCGAAUUAUUUGCACAGCUGCCCAAGUCAUAGUGACCAAGCCGUGAAGCAAACAUAGAUUUUGGUGCCUCGGCCAGUUCUCACAGGAUAUGUUCCUUGAAUUUUACGUUGAUCUUGGAAAAAGCUCGAAUUAUGUUGGUUUCAAAUAACUAUUGUCGAAUAAACACAUGAACGAUGAAAUAUUCAGAGCAUUUUAUUUUAGCAUGUUGGUUUGUCAAUUACUGUUAAUUGAUACUUGACAUAAAAAGAGCUAAAAAUAGUAAUGUAAAAAAAACAUAUAAAGAACAUACAAAAUGACAAAAUUUAUGUCGGGUUGUGCCUAGCAGAUUGUCCCUUCAUGUCA